GUGUGACGUGGCAUUAAAUGUAGUGGACGGGACGCUUCUUCAACAACAGCUAAUCAGCAACCCUUGCUAGCCAACAUAGCCGAAACAUUGGAGCUCUUUAGAUGUUUUCGGUGUUUAUAUUGUGUUUUAAACACACGUCUGUCGUAUCUACUAGUUAACCAAUCCCCCCCCCCUCCGUAUUUACGUUGUUAGUCAGCUAACUUAGCACAGGGCUAGUCGCUUAUGCUAACUAGCUAGCUAAAAUCCCUGACCAUGAGCUCACCAAGGUACUCCCCGCCUGCUAAAGAAGAGGAUGUCUGCUGGACUGAGAAACAGGGUCUGUGGCUUAAUGUUGUCGUGAAAGAAGAAGAGGAAGAGGAGGAUGUCACAGUGAAAGGCAACGAAGAAGCUUCCAGAGUGAAAGAGGACGAGACUGGAGAUCUGAUUAACACCACAGGUGAAAGACCAGACUCUCACGGGAAAAGUCCUUCAGGGAAACCAGACCCACAGAAGACCAAACCAGCAAGACCACACCACUGCUCCCAGUGUGGAAAGUGUUUUAGACACGCAGGGAAUCUGAAAACGCAUGAGAUGAUACAUACAGGAGAGAAGCCAUAUCAAUGCUCCCAGUGUGGAAAGGGUUUUAGACUCUCAGGGCAUCUAAAAGUGCAUGAAAGAACACACACUGGAGAGAAGCCAUAUCUAUGCUACCAGUGUGGAAAGGGUUUUGGACACUCAGGCAAUCUAAAACUGCAUGAAAGAACACACACUGGAAAGAAGCCAUAUCUAUGCUCCCAGUGUGGAAAUGAAUUUUUCUCAUCUGGGGACCUGAAAAAACAUGAGAGAACACACUUAGUAGAGAGGCGUUUCCAAUGUGCCCAAUGUGGAAAGAGAUUUAUUCAGUCCGCGCAUCUGAAAGAUCAUGAGAGAAUACACCCAGGAGAACAACCAUUCCAAUGCUCCUUGUGUGGGAAAAGUUUUACCCAUUCAUGGAACCUGAAAAUGCAUGAGAUGACACACACAUGAGAGGAGAGAUGCCUUUCUACUGCUCCCAGUGCGGAGCGAUUUACUUGGUUAGGGAAUCUGAAAACGCAUGAGAGAACACAUACGGGAGAAGCCCCCCUACCACUGCUUAGACUGUGGAUAUAGAUUUACCCAGCUAGGCUACCUGAAAUCACGAGUGGACACACACUGUGGAAAAGUUUUAAGUAGUUAGGGAACUUGAAAAUGCAUGAGAUGACACACACAGGAGAGAUGCCUUUCCACUGCUCCCAGUGUGGAAAGAGUUUUAGAAAUGCAGGGAACCUGAAAGUGCAUGAAAGGAGACACUAUGGAGAGAAGCCUUUCCAAUCUUCUCAUUGUGGAAAUACAUUUUCCCUGUCAGAGGACCUGAAAUCACGUGAGAGAAUACGGGCGCUGUGUUCUGACUUAUAUUUUUGACUUAAGAAAUUGUGUUUUGGUUUAUGCCACAACAAAUCAAUGUAUAUGAAAGCUUACUCAAAAACAGGGUUACUUUUUUGUUUUUCUUUAAGACAUGAUAAUAUCUCAAAUCAAAAUAUAUUUUUUUUAAAUGUGUAUUUUGAUUAUGAAGUAUCGAUUUGAAUAUUGGUAUUUAAAAAUGUAAAUUAUUAUAUAGAUUAAUAGAAUGUGCAUUUCUAGAUUCUAACCUUGAAACCUCUUGGAUUUGAUAUGAUUUGGAUAUUACUAAAGACAUUUGAUUAGAUGCAUGAUUUGGAUAUUGCAAAGUGUAAAUUAUUAGAUCAAAACUGGUGGAGAAACAAAAAUAGCAUCAAUAGGUAAGUAUACCAGUUUCAUUUGAGUACCAGGAUGUUGACAGAGGUUUUUUUUGGGGGGGGGGGGGCUGUGUGUGGGAUGGUUGGUGGCCUGGCGUUUGGGACCUUGGGCCGGUGGCCUGAGAGGUCGCUGGUUUGGGUCCCCGAUGUGUGAGAUCUGUCGAUUUGCUCCUUGGCGUGGCGCUUGACCCUAGUUACUGUUGUGGGUCGCUUUGGAUGGGAUUGGCUGCUAGAUGACUGAAUGCAAUGUAAAUAGUGAGUGGCUUCACUGCAGGUAGAUUGUAUGAAUUUUCAAAUUCAAUAAAAUAAAAAAUGUAAUGUGCAUUUUACAUUUUUACAUUUCACGUUUGUCAUUCAGCAGAUGCUUAUCAAAUCACAUUUUAUUAGUCACAUACACAUAUUUAACAGAUGUUAUUGUGGGUGUAGCAAAAUGCUUGUGUUUCUAGCUCCAACAGUGCAGUAGUAUCUAACAAUUCACAUCAAUACACAUAUCUAAAAGAAUGGAAUAUAUACAUAUUAGGACUACCAAUGUCAGUGGCAUUGACUAAAUACAGUAGAAUUGAAUACAGUAUAUACAUAUGAGAUGAGUCAAGCAGUAUGUAAACAUUAUUAAAGUGGCCAGUGAUUCCAUGUCUAUGUAUAUAGGGCAGCAGCCUCUAAGGUGCUGGGUGGUAGCCGGCUAGUGAUGGCUGUUUAACAGUCUGAUGGCCUUGAGAUAGAAGCUGUUUUUCAGUCUCUCGGUCCCAGCUUUGAUGCAUCUAUACUGACAUCGACAUUCUGGAUGAUAGCGGGGUGAACAGGCAGUGGCUCGGGUGGUUGAUCUUUUUGGCCUUCCUGUGAUAUCGGGUGCUGUAGGUGUCCUGGAGGGCAGGCAGUGUUCUCCCUGUGAUGCGUUGGGUAGACCAUACCACCCUCUUAAGAGCUCUGCGGUUGCGGGCAGUGCAGUUGCCGUACCAGGCGGUGCUAAAGACAGGAUGCUCUCAAUGGUGCAUCUGUAAAAGUUUGAGAGUCUAGCCAAAUUUUUUCAGCCUCCUGAGGUUGAAGAGGGGCUGCUGUGCCUUCACCACGCUGUGUUUUGUUGACGUUGAGGGAGAGGUUAUUUUCCUGGCACCACUCCGCCAGGGCCCUCACUCCCUCCCUGUAGGCUGUCUCAUCAUUGUACCGGUAAUCAGGCCUACUACUGUUGUGUUGUCUGCAAACUUGAUGAUUUGAGUUAGAGGCGUGCAUGGCCACGCAGUCAUGGGUGAACAGGAGGGGGCUGAGCACGCACCCUUGUGGGGCCCCUGUGUUGAGGAUCAGAGGUGGAGGUGUUUCCUACUUUCACCACCUUGGGGCGGCCUGUCAGGAAGUCCAGGACCUAGUUGCACAGGGCGGGGUUCAGACCCAGGGCAAUCAAACUUAGUGAUGAGCUUGGAGGGUACUAUGGUGUUGAAUGCUGUGAGCUAUAGUCAACGAACAGCAUUCUGACGUAGGUAUUCCUCUUGUCCAGAUGGGAUAAGGCAGUGUGGUGGCGAUUGCAUUAUCUGUGGAUCUAUUGGGGCGGUAUCCAGAUCGACUUAUAGUACUGACAUUUUUGUUCUGGUCCCCCGUGGGAAUCGAACUCACAACCCGGACGUUGCAAGCGCCCAGAUCUACCAACUGUACCUCAUGGGACCUUGAUUCUAACCUUAACCUAUUGAAUUUUGUCAUUGAGUUAAUUUGUGUACUAGGCCAAGUUAAAGGGAGUAUAAAAAUUCAAUGAUGUUGUUCUGAUGUCAUUGAUAAGAUGUUGACAUGGAAACACAUCACAUGAAUGUUCACAUUAGCAUUAUUCCACCAUGUCAGAGAACUCUGGUGCUUAUUGUAAAAAAGGAUUUGAUUAAUGCAACAUAUUUUUAUCUGGAAAAAUACAUUCAAUAUUUUAUGUAUUCAACUGGAAUUUGAAAAAGCAUUCCAGGUGAAUCUGGUUGAGAGGAGGGCAAAGAGUGUGCAAAGCUGUCAUCAAGGGAAAAAGGUGGCUACUUGGAAAAAUCUCAAAUUUUGAUUUGUUUAACACUUUUUUUGGUUACUACAUGAUUCCAUAUGUGUUAUUUCAUAGUUCUGAUGUCUUCACAAUUAUUCUACAAUGUAAAAAAUAAAGAAAAAGCUUUGAAUGAG